GAAAUCUUGCUUGAUGUGGCGGCGCGUGUCGGACACGGGCAGUAAACAUAGCUAUAAACCCCCCCCAAAUCGAGGCUUUGGUUUCUGGAUCCUCGUGAUGAUGACGGUGGAGAAUACCUCGAAUUCGAAAUUAAAGUAAUCAUCGUCACUUCUCCGGAUACCAUAAUCAAUUCGAGAAUCACCCAAGAGUGUAUUCGCUUGACGAAGAAGUUCAAUUCUCAUUGGCCUCCUUUUGCUGCCGAAAAAUGGAGUCUUUAGUCUAUAAAGCCUUUGUCUAUAGAUGUUGAACACAUGUACACUUCUCAUUGAUGGCUUGGGAGCUGCCACCUCUUAGUAGCUAGUGUUCAGUAUCAGCCAAGAGUGCUGUUUGAAACGGGGUCAGAUUUAGUUAAAGGAAUUGACUUUGGUGAAUGGAAUUCUAAAGAGCAAUUGUGUUUGUGAUUCAAACCCCGUAUAGGAGAUACUUACCGAGGCAGAUAAAAAAAAUGAGUUUUGCGUGCCUCGUGUGCCAUAGUGUAGAGAGCCCAUCACACUCAUUUAGAAGCUACUCUGUUUCUAGCUCAGACAACGAAGGUAGAUGCUCUCUGAUUGCCAGCUGCCUCACAAGGAACUCACUCGUUCAAGCUGCUAGAUCAAACACUUUCCCUGCAUCAUCCUCGAAGGUAACCCCACAACCCAAUUUCCAAGCUGGUGAAGGAGCCUCACCACGCUUAGUACGAAGCCGUGCAGUGAGAAGAGACCUUGUCAGAGACUGGAACUUCAACGAAAUCGAGACGGAGCUUUAAACUCAGACCUGACUCUUCUCUUAGGAAUAGUAUAUUAGUUUGUUCAUCAACUAAGCUCUUUUUUUUGUUUUUUUGUAUUGGGUUUGCAAACCAAUAAUAUAAUAUUUCCCUGGCCGUUUAUUCAAUUUUGGUAUUACAAAUCAAACCACACACUUAAGGUGACA